AUGGGGCGCCUGACAGAGGCGGCGGCAGCGGGCGGCGGCGCUUCAGCGGCGCGCUCGGCGGGGCCCCCUCCCACUCCCCUUCCCCUGUCUUCCACCUCCCCGGGGUGCACGGCCACCAUGGCGUCCAGCGAGGAGGACGGCACCAACGGCGGCGCCUCGGAGCCGGGCGAGGAGAAGGAGGCCACUGGCAAGAGGAGGCGCCUCGGCUUGUUGGCCACUGUCUGGCUCACCUUCUACAACAUCGCCAUGACCGCGGGGUGGUUGGUUUUAGCUAUUGCCAUGGUACGUUUCUAUAUGGAAAAAGGAACACACAAAGGUUUAUAUAAAAGUAUUCAGAAGAUACUUAAAUUUUUCCAGACAUUUGCCUUGCUUGAGAUAGUCCACUGUUUAAUUGGAAUUGUACCUACUUCUGUGAUUGUGGCUGGGGUCCAAGUGAGUUCAAGAAUCUUCAUGGUGUGGCUCAUUACUCACAGUAUAAAACCAAUCCAGAAUGAGGAGAGCGUGGUGCUUUUUCUGGUCGCGUGGACUGUGACAGAGAUCACUCGCUAUUCCUUCUACACGUUCAGUCUUCUCGACCACUUGCCAUACUUCAUUAAAUGGGCCAGGUACAAUUUUUUUAUCAUCUUAUAUCCCGUUGGAGUUGUUGGUGAACUUCUUACAAUAUAUGCUGCCUUACCGUACGUGAAGAAGACAGGAAUGUUUUCAAUAAGACUUCCGAAUAAAUACAAUGUCUCUUUUGACUACUACUAUUUCCUUCUUAUAACCAUGGCCUCGUAUAUACCACUGUUUCCACAACUGUAUUUUCAUAUGUUACGCCAAAGAAGAAAGGUGCUUCAUGGAGAGGUGAUUGUAGAAAAGGAUGACUAAACCAUGCCCCCGAACAAGGUGCUUUUUCCAGAAUAACCAGGAUUACUUGAGUCCAAGUUUUAAUAACAAGAAUAAACAACUUUAUGAAAUA